GCGUUACGUCAGCACUUAACAACCGGAUUGCAAUCGGUAACAUCACAGCUCAUGGGCGCGUCUAACACGAUUUGAACGAGGACCAUGAUUACAAAACUUAGUUUUUUCGUCGGUUUAUUGUUUUGUUACAUUUCUGGAGUUGAUGCCACAGAUAUUUUAAAUGGAUUUACAUUGAAGCUGUCGAAGUAUUCUAUUGUAAAUCCUCAAGUGAUUCACAGAUUAACAAGAAGCAUCAACAGACCACAGUCAGAACAGAAUUUCCAUGAAGGUGAAUCUGUUUCAUAUGCACUGACCAUAAACAACAGAAAACACAUCCUUCAUCUCAAAAGAAACAGAGACUUCUUAUCGGCAAACUUUUUUCAAUAUCUUCGCAAUGCAACAUAUCCAAAAAAACAUGAUCACUGCUAUUACCAUGGCAAGGUGGAAGGUUACGAGGACUCUGUGGUAGCACUCAGCACAUGCUCUGGACUCAGGGGUGUGAUUCUUCUGGGCAUUGACACCUAUGGGCUUGAGCCAGUGCCAGAAACCAACAACCACAUUUUGUACCUGAUGAAGGACGUUCAGUCAGAGCCAUCCACCUGUGGAGUUGUAGACGAAGCCACAUCAACGCACAACCAUUCACACUUUGAGCCUGUCCUGUCAAUGACAUCACUGCUGCGGAAAAAACGCAGUUUAGCUGAAACAAGUUAUGUGGAGUUGGUGCUGGUUGCCGAUAAGCUCCGGUAUAAUUUUAAGAACCAAAAUGAAACUGCGGUACGAGAGGAGAUGAUUCAGUUGGCCAAUCUACUGGAUGGAUAUUACAAGCCGCUGAAUAUACGUGUGGUGCUCGUGGGUGUGGAGAUUUUUAAAACGGAGAACCCCUUUGACGUGGAAGGAUCUGCUGGAGAUGUUUUGGGCAGAUUUGUGCAGUGGAGAAAGAGCACACUGUUACCAAAGAUCAGGAAUGACAACGCUCAGCUGGUUGUUGGUCGGUCUGGGCCUUAUGGUGGCGGCGUGUUGGGCAUGGCGUUUGUGGGCACCAUCUGCUCUGCGGCCACUUCCGGGGGAAUAAACGUGUUCAGUAACGAUGCACUUCCCUAUUUCUCCACUGUGAUGGCCCAUGAGAUGGGUCAUAACCUGGGUAUGAAUCACGAUGGUGCGAACUGCGCCUGCAAAGCAGAAAGCUGCAUCAUGUCAGCCACUGCCACUGGCGCAACAAGUUUCAGCAGGUGCAGCGAAAGCUACUUUGAGACCCUGAUCCUCCGUGGAGGAGGCCUGUGCCUGAAAAACCAGCCCUCCCUGUCGGAUGUGGUCAGUAUUCCUAAAUGUGGCAAUGGGCUCCUGGAGAAAGGAGAAGAGUGCGACUGCGGCGCUCCAGAGGAAUGCAAGAAUGAUUGCUGUGACGCUGCCACCUGUAAGUUGACCAAUGGUGCCGCCUGCGCUCAUGGAAGCUGCUGCAGCAACUGUCAGCUCAAAGUUCCUGGAACACCAUGCAGAAACUCUCUCAACACCUGUGACCUCCCUGAAUUUUGUGACGGUAAGAGCUCGUUCUGUCCUGUCGACUUCUACAUGAUGGACGGCCUGAGCUGUGAAAACACUGCUGCGUACUGCUACGAGGGCCGAUGUCAGACCUACGACUACCAGUGUAAACAUCUGUUUGCACCAGAUCCAGCAAUAAAAGCAGCAGACAUUUGUUUUAAGAUUGCAAAUGUUCGAGGAAAUACAUUUGGAAACUGUGGACGUAGUGGGAACCAGUUUGUCCCGUGUACUCCAGAUAAUGCCAUGUGUGGAAAGGUGCAGUGUACUAAUGUGGACGCCAACAGACCCCCAAAUGGUGCUCAAGUCACCAUUGAAGUAAUACAGGGGGAAACUUGUGUGAAUGCAGACUUCCACCUGGGUACGGAUGUGCUCGAUCCUGCCUACGUUAACCCUGGGAGCCCCUGUGCUGAGGGAAAGACCUGCCUGGACUUUGCGUGUGUAAAUGCAUCUGCUCUGCGGCCAGGCCUGGACUGCAAUGCUCACACCUGCCAUGGUCGGGGGGUAUGUAAUAACGAAGGGCACUGCCACUGUGACAAUGGUUGGGGCCCCCCCUUCUGUGACAGAUCAGGCUUUGGAGGAAGUAUAGACAGCGGCCCAGCUCAGAUUGAUUACUCCCUCAGGAAUGGCUUGUUGAUCUUCUUUCUCUUGGUGGUUCCAAUUUUGGUUCUUGUCACUUUGGUGCUACUCUACUUCUUCAGGAGAGAAGCUCUGGACCCCUGCCUUAAAAAAAGACCUUUCAAGUCACGCAGUCCUCGAAAUGAGCAACCAAGUGGUAAUGUUCAACAACCACCACAGGCUCCUGCUCCCAGGCCGCCUCCUCCAGCAGAGACCAAACCUCCAAUACCCGGUUUCCAGUAUGGAGAACUGGACUACUGGAACGACAGUCCGAGUGCUACUGACCCGAUUGCUGUUGACUCGCGUGCUACCACCCCAAACCCUCAAGCUCCCAAACAGGGUCCUGGAGUGCCCAAACCAAUACCUCCCAAAGCACGUCCACUGUGAACUUUUAUGCCUUAUUUUUGAAUUUUAUUGUUUGCAAAGAGGUAUUUUUAAACUAGAAGCACUCAGAGAUUGCAAACCUCUGCCAAGUCCAUAGGGUCACUGACCCUAAAGAGAUUCCCUCCUUGGCACAGUGAUCUAU